CGCCCCGGCAAGAAGAUGACCGUCCAGUUCACCAGCACCGCGGCCGGCGCCAGGUUCCUCCCGCGGCGCGAGGCCGAGGCCACUCCCUUCUCCUCCGAGAAGCUGCCCGACAUCCUCGGCCGCUUCUCGCUGAGCCCGGGCUCCGUCGCGGCGGCGGAGAUGGCGCGGACGCUGCGCGACUGCGAGGCGCCCGCGGCCGAGGGCGAGAGGAAGGCCUGCGCCACGUCGCUCGAGUCCAUGGUCGACUUCGCCACGUCCAGCCUCGGGACCAGCGACGUGAGGGCCGUCUCCACCCUUGUGGCGCUGGAGGGUUCGCCGAGGCAGGAGUACACCAUGACUGGCGUGGAGCGCGCGGCCGGCGGCGGCGGCCGGCUCGUCGCCUGCCACGCGGAGCCGUACGCCGCGCACGCCGUGUUCGCGUGCCACCUGGCGCGGCGGGCACGGGCGUACUCGGUGUCGAUGCUCGGCGGGGACGGCACGGCCGUGGCCGCCGUCGCGGUGUGCCACGCCGACACGUCCGGGUGGAACCCCAGGCACGUCGCCUUCCGGGUGCUCGGCGUGAAGCCCGGCACCGCGCCGGUCUGCCACUUCCUGCCGCAGGACCACGUCGUCUGGAUCCCAUGA